AGAAUCUGGAACGGAUUGGAAAGACGGAAUACGCUGUUCAUCGCGCGCGGCGGCGGAGGUGCCGCUGCCGUGCCGCCGGAGAAGCCAUCAGAAGCGAGCGUGACGUCAUCCGCGCGCGAGAGAGAGAGAGAGAUCAUUCGCGGGUCGGCCAUUUUGUGAGUGUGUGAGCAGCACAAUAUCCAGGAUAUUUGUGUGUCGCGCGACGUCGAGAGAGACAGGGAGCCAAGAGUACGUUUGGCCGUGCCUAUCGGGACUGAGGAUCGAGAGGCCGCAGCGGAGAAGAAGAGCACCCGAGAGUCGUCAGACGUGCUAGUAGUUUAGAGUGUGACGAGGAGUCGCGCGGCCAGGAAGGAAGAGAGUAUAACAGAGUGUGCGAAAGACGGAGCGAAGACAGAGUGGGGCAAAGCUGCUGGCAAAUGCCAAGGAACCGGAGCUAAAGCGAAUGAUUUAGUCGAGGACAAACGGGCUGACUGCCGGCACUCCUUCCGUUACAUGCGCUGAGCGAUCGUUAAAAACGCGUUCAAAAUCGUUGCGCAAAUUACAACGAUGGAGGAGAAGGCGUCCCUCAAGGAACUCGACCAAUGGAUAGAACAAUUGAAUGAUUGCAAACAACUGACAGAGAGUCAAGUCAAGACCCUCUGCGACAAGGCAAAGGAAAUUCUAGCCAAGGAGUCAAAUGUACAGGAGGUGAAAUCUCCCGUAACGGUGUGUGGAGAUGUUCAUGGACAGUUCCAUGAUCUCAUGGAACUAUUUCGAAUAGGUGGAAAAUCUCCAGAUACAAACUACUUGUUUAUGGGUGACUAUGUCGAUCGUGGUUACUAUUCUGUUGAGACUGUAACACUUCUUGUAGCUUUAAAAGUUAGAUACAGGGAAAGAAUAACCAUCUUGAGAGGUAAUCAUGAGUCCAGACAAAUUACACAAGUCUAUGGAUUUUAUGACGAGUGUCUUCGUAAAUACGGCAAUGCCAAUGUUUGGAAAUUUUUCACCGAUCUGUUUGACUACCUGCCUCUCACUGCACUUGUAGAUGGUCAGAUCUUCUGUUUGCACGGAGGACUUUCUCCUUCCAUUGAUACAUUAGAUCAUAUUCGUGCAUUAGAUCGUUUGCAGGAGGUACCACAUGAAGGUCCCAUGUGCGAUCUUCUAUGGUCAGAUCCUGAUGACAGGGGAGGGUGGGGCAUUUCUCCUAGAGGAGCUGGCUACACUUUCGGCCAAGAUAUUUCAGAAACGUUCAAUCAUUCAAAUGGUCUUACACUUGUAUCAAGAGCUCAUCAGCUGGUCAUGGAAGGCUAUAAUUGGUGUCACGAUCGCAAUGUCGUGACUAUAUUCUCAGCCCCAAAUUACUGUUACCGCUGUGGUAAUCAAGCUGCAAUCAUGGAACUAGAUGAUGCUUUGAAAUAUUCAUUCCUUCAGUUCGAUCCAGCACCAAGACGUGGAGAGCCACAUGUCACCAGACGAACACCAGAUUAUUUCCUGUAAGAUGCCAAUCAGCGAGGAAGCAGAUGUUAAGGUAGGGGAAUGGAUUGAUGCUGGCUUUAUAGAGAUGCCACAGAACAUAACCUAUAAUAGAACAUCGUUAUGAGUGUAAGGCCCCGAGCUACCCUUACACGCCAUAUAUAGUCUCAAGUAUUAUAUAAUGGCUCGCGUUAUGGUGUCUCCUAGAGAGACUAAUUGCGCGCUCGCGUAUUUGUGCGUAAGUACACCAUACACGUAGAUUCAACAACACUUGUACACAUUAAGAAAAAAAAACAAUAACGUACACAUGUACCGAGUUAAUUCACCUAAAAGCAUUGAGUUUGACGAUUUUCAUUGUAUGGCUUAUAUUUUCAUUAAAGAAUACAAUCCUGAAAACGACGGGUAAAUGCGGUCGUUAUUAUGGAAGGCUUAAAAAAAUGGGUGAAAAUGUUCUAAUAUCCUAAAUCAAUGUUAACUUAUUGAGAGACAAAGAAAAGUUUCCUGAACAGAUAUGCAUCUUUUUCCUAAUUGUACUGCGAAAAUGACUAUUGUCGUUGAUGAUACGAAAUAAGUACUAAAAUGAAAAUAAUUGUAUUUAAAAUAACUCGCGUUCUAACAGGUAUGAAAGAGGCAUUAAAUAUUUCUCCAAACAAAAGCAUGUGAAGCAUAAAGAAAAAAAGGAGGGGUUUGAUGUAAUUGUGACCAUGCUUUUGCCAAUGCUCACUAUUGCAUUUGAAAUUUCGGGUCGAAUAAGUUUGUAUUCAUUAUUGCUUUUAUCUCACGAUUGUCAAACACAGUGUUCUUAGAGCUUGCAAGGGGUUUUAGCCAGAGUAUUGAAUGAAAGAUUUGAGAUAUUUUAAAUCGGAGUCACGUGGAUGGACCAUACAUUUUCUCUAUUCGAAUUUAUUUUGAUACAUUUACCUAUGUCAAAACACAAAUUGUUCAAACAAAUUCAUUUGUAAAUUAAGAAGUUUUAUACUUGUCUCUCUUUCUCUCUUUUGCAAACAGGAGAAAAUAAAGGACAAAUUUACUGGAACAAUACAUACACAUAAAAUAUGAAUUUCUUUAUAUAUAUUUAUUACAAGCUUUUGUUUUAUGUAUAAGUGCGCACUCUUGGCAUUUACUGUGUCUGUUUUUUAUCGUGUAGCAUUUUUUUUGUCUACUUCAAAUUCAUGAAUGUAUUGAUCGCCGAAAUAAAGUAGAAAAAUAUACAUCAUAACACAUUUACAUCGAUCUUGGAUGAAACGAUUUUUCAAUAAAAAGGCGCACUUGAUUCACGAAAUCAUAAACAUUUCUACCGAAAGUUGAUUGUUCAUAAUGAUGAUAUUGACGAACUUUUUACUGAUUCGAAAAUAAACAUGCAGAUUGUCUUGAACAGAAAACGCAUAAUUCAAGCCAAAAUAAACUUGAGUUAUUGUGUCAAAUCAUUGUAUAUUGAUGCGAUCGACAGUUUUGUGCGAUGAACGCGAUUUAAAAUGAAUAAAAUAAAUCUACAGAAUUAAAAGAAGACCUGCAAAUGUAUUCUUAGAGUUAAGCAAGCAUUGAAAUAAUUACGAUAGUGCACCUAGAGUGGUGGCUUUCUUAAAACACAUAUAAAGUAAUGAAGUGCCGCGAGGUGAACGCAAACGACCAGACGAAUAAAAUAACAAAUGUUUAGUACCAUAUGUAGUAGCAAUUUGUCAAGACUGUGAAUCGUCAAAAUUCAAUUGUAUCUAUGAAAUAAUUUUCUAAUCAAGUGUCAACUCUAAACCUAUCAAACAUGUGUGCUAUCAAACAUCACAUUUUUUAUUUAUUGUGUACUUGCUUUAAAAAAAAAGUUGGAUGGAUUUAUACAGAAACAUAAAACUAUGGUUCCUUUGACUUGAAUUUUUACUUUUUUAAAAAAGCAUCAGCGUACUUAUUUAUUUUUUUUUAUAGAGUCAUUUUAAGGUAAGGCUUUACAUGAUACAAAAUAACAUGAUGAAUCUGUACGAAGUCUAUAAUAAUAAAAAACGUAAGCUAAAUUUAACAUGAAAGAAAGAAUAAUUUUUCAUGGGAUUUCAAGAUUUCUGUGUAUUUCUGUUUGACUUUUUAUAUAACUUACAAUUACGGGAAAGAAGAAACAAUUUAAUCAUUUUAAAGUUCUUGUAAGAAGGAAGCUAUGUUUAAAAUCAUCAUAUAGUAUUAAUGAUAACAAUCAAGCGAGUUUAGUAGCAGUACGACAUUAUGAUAAAUAAAAUAAUAGGCACUUAGAAAUUGUAUAGCUAAUUUUGUAUUUGCUCCAUAAUUAUUAUAAUCACGAUUAUACUUUAUAUGAAAACGAGCUAAAAAAAUUCCGGAACAUCCAAAAAGCAUGGACAAAAUUGUAUAAUGUAAAGUAUUGAUAUAUAGCAUGCUCAUUAUUUAAUGAUAUAACUCCAUUUUUGUUUGGCCAUUGUCACAAAUUAAAGAGGUUUGUUACUGACGAAUCGCGUUGUAGCGAGAAAAAGUGAAACCUUCCACCUUUUUUUGUAAAAGAAGACAAAGAGAGAGAGACAUACAAUGCGCAAGAUUUUCAGAUUAUCAGCGGGCAAGUUGACUAUAAUAAACGCACGUCAACACAUUUUUCGCAUUUUUUAAAAUCUCAGUUUAAACUGACUUAUUAAACCUAAAAGUAUCGCUAUAAAAAAAAUAAAAUAAGAAAGCAACUCGAAUUAUAGAAUCAAGUCCAAGCACCGACAAUAAUGAAAGCGACAUUUUCGAUUAAUAUAAUCUUUUUAAAGACAUUCUUAUCCAUAACCAUCUUAAUAAAUGUAUGAUCAAAGUAGAAUGUCAUAAACUUUUUAUAAAAAACAGAACGCGUAUUCUCUAGUGCGACAAUAUUACUUUAAUUAUUUUAAAUUUGAAAAUCUCCAAUCAAGUUGAUUGCAUUUUUUAAGAAACGACAGCGACUUUUAGAAGAAUAUUGGCGUUCGUAAAAUUUAUUCGAUGUGCGAUAAAGGUAGUCAACUUGCGCGUGCUAUCUAACGCGAUUUUUUUUCGCUAUAAAUAUACUUAUGUUUUACUCUUGGCCGUAUAUCUACUUGACGGCAAGAAAAGCUCAGAAAAAGGCACAGUAAAGUUGAUAAAUUCUGCUGCUAAACCCAUUAUUGUGUCAUUAUAUCAUGAGAAGAGGAAACAAAUUGAACCAAGUAAUUUCAUGCGAGUGUUGGUCCCUCAUUUUUUGAUUAAUUCUUUUCAUUUACAAACAUCUAUCAGAUUAUUGACAAAAAAAUAAAUAAAUAAAAUAAAACCAGAAAA